AUGAAAACAUGGAGACCAUUUCAUGUUGUGUUCUGUACUUUCGCAUGCUUCUUUGUGUGUUUAUCUCAUGCAUCAUCGGACACCCUCAGGCAUGGACAAUACUUGUACAGCAAUCAAACCCUGGUUUCUGCCGGCGGGGUGUUUGAGCUAGGCUUUUUCAGCUCCCCCUCAGCGCCGAACGGGUACUUGGGAAUCUGGUUCAAGAAUGACAAGAACCAAAAGCCAGUUUGGGUUGCAAACAGAAACAGCCCCCUGGAUUCCGAUGGAAUGGUGGGUUCGUCGAGUGUACUUCUCACCAUCCGGAAUGAUGGGAACAUGGUGAUCAUUGACAGAAGAAACAUUUCAUAUAUUGUGAAUUACGAUGCACUUGCGUCAGGGAAUAACACAACUGCAACGCUUCUUGACUCAGGAAAUCUUGUUCUGAUGGAAGGAGGAGACACGUUUUGGCAGAGUUUUGAUUACCCGACGGAUACGUUUCUUCCUGGAAUGAAGUUGGGGUUGUUCAACAUAAACACCGAGCAGUUGAGGAAACAGUUUCUUGUGUCCUGGUCAAACACUUCUGUCCCUGCUGAUGGUAUUUAUGCUCUAGGCAUUGAUCCAGUGAACAACACUCAGUUCAACGUCUGGCGCAGUGAUGGAGCUUACCAACAGAUUGGACUUUGGGAUGGCCAUGAGUUUAAUUUCUUCUUCAAAAGCACGUUGGAUAAUCUCAACGUGAGUUCGGGUUGGAAAACUAAUGAGAUUUAUGUUACUUUUAGCAACAAAAAUAGUAGCAUGCCUUCAUGGUUCGUGUUAGCCUCUGAAGGGCUGAUUUAUGAGUUCACGAUGAUAGGAAAUGAGAUCAAGAAUGUGGAUUAUUCACUUUGUGAUGACACAAUGGCAAGCAGUUCUCCUCGCUGUUUGGUGAGGAGGCCAUCAGCGUGUUCAGAAAGAGAUAGUUUCUCAAAUGUCACAGGAAUGCUGCCGAGUUCAUUGUUUACAAGUUGGCCAAUUCGGAUAGAUCCCUAUGACUGCGAGAAAUUUUGCACGAUCCAUUGCUCAUGUGUUGCAUAUACAUAUGAUUCUUUGCCGGAUGGUGGAACUAUAUGUCAGGUUUAUUAUGGAAAUAAAAUCGAUCUUCAAAAACUGGUCGGGACAGGUAACAGCACCAUUUAUGUGCGCGGUAACGCUUCUAAAUCUGAUAGGAAGCUGUUGACUGUCACAUUUAUGGUGAUUCCCUUGGUGUUCUUCAUGUUGAUCUUAUUGCUAUGGAUAAAGUGCAACUCUUUAGGAAUUUAUGGAUUCCGCAAUGGCACGAGAGAUAGUAUGAGGCUAUUAUUGUCGCAGUUGAGCUCCGAUGAUAAUGCUAGCUGUCCAAAUAUUACAGAACUUGGAAAGCAGAAGGAUCAUGAGUUGCCACUGCUUAGCUUUUCAUUCAUAGUGACAUCCACUAAUAAUUUCUCCCUUGCAAAUCAGCUUGGACAAGGUGGUUUCGGGCCUGUUUAUAAGGGAAAAUUACUACAACAUGACAUUGCAGUCAAAAGGCUAUCCAAAAAUUCUGGACAAGGACCCGUGGAGUUCAAGAACGAGGUGCAGUUAAUCUCUAAGCUCCAGCACAGAAACCUUGUCAAGCUUUUGGGCUUUUGCAUUCACCGAGAAGAAAAGAUACUAAUAUACGAGUACAUGCCCAAUAAAAGCUUGGAUUCCUUCAUUUUCGAAAAAACAAAGACAAGGUCAUUGAAUUGGAGACAGCGCAUACACAUAAUCAAAGGGAUUGCUCAAGGGCUUCUUUAUCUUCACAAGUACUCUAGAUUAAGAAUUAUUCAUCGCGAUCUUAAAAUUAGCAACAUCUUAUUGGAUGCUUACAUGAACCCCAAGAUAUCAGACUUUGGCUUGGCUAGAAUUUUAUCCGGGAAUGAAUGUCGAGCCAAAACAAAUCGGGUUGUUGGAACAUAUGGUUAUAUGUCUCCCGAGUAUCUGAUGCACGGCCUUUUCUCAACUAAAUCCGAUGUGUUCAGCUUCGGAGUCAUUGUGUUGGAGAUUGUAAGUGGCAGGAAGAACGCAAACUUUUAUGAGUCAGAUCAUUCUCUGAACCUACUAGGACAUGCUUGGAAUUUAUGGAAAUCUGGGCGAGCAGCGGAGUUGAUGGAUUCAACACUGGCUGAUUCAAGUUCAAUGGAAAGCCUUGUAACCUGCAUUCAGGUGGGUCUGUUAUGUGUCCAAGACAGUGCAGAGGAUAGGCCAACCAUGUCGGAUGUUGUUUCAAUGUUGAGCAAUGAAGGGGCAACUUUACCUACCCCUAAGCAGACUACGUAUUCGAAUUUAACGACAAAGGUUGAUAAACCAUUAAAUCAAUUGCCUUCUGUAAAUCUAUUAACAUUUUCGGAAGUAGAAGCACGAUAACAGCUUCGAAAGAGAAGGGUAGAUCGUUGCUUGUAAACCAAGUAUAUGUGCAGCUGCAUAGUUAUAUGUUCUUGUUCCA